GUAUGUGCCAAACCUUUGUAAUCUCUCUACUCCAUGAUUUCCUGAAAGCACUCACCAACAUUCCCUUCCAAACCAUGGCAUUAUUUCACAUUAACUCGAAGGUGGUGCGUCUCAGUACUUCACAGUUACGUUGUUACUCCAGCUGUCUGAAAAUGAAGAAAGGCUUGGUGCUUGGUGUCUACGAGGGGGAAAAAAGCGACGUUGUUCUCACACCGUCGGCGGCCAAGUACAACGAGCUCGUUAAUGGAAAACUACUGGUCAAUAUUUCCCUGAGGGGCUAGAUCUGCGAGAGGACUAUUUGAACCCGCGAAGUAGUAAAAACCCAAAACAAAAAAAAAAUACGUAAACAAUUCAGACAAGAAAAAAAUAAUCAAUUAUCAAGACUGUGAUAGUUCAAUCUCUUAUCGGUAAGAUAAAAAAGAAACAUAUGAGACAAAAUACUUUGAUAAUUGUAAAAGGUGUCUCUGGCAAUUGAGAUAUAAGGAAAUUUCGACGUGAUAUCGAAUUAACCAAAAAUAUUAUAAAAAAUCCCAUCCGAGAUGGCGACCACUCCAGGGAAUAGUGCAGCAGCGGAUGGCUCUAUGAAUCCAAUGAUCAAACGUCAAGUGCCAAGCACAAAUGUACUUCAUGGCAUUGGUGGAUCAAUUGAGGACAAGAAUAGCGAUUAUUUGUGUCCAAUUUGCUUUGAAGUAAUCGAUGAAGCUCAUAUAACACGCUGCGGUCACACUUUCUGCUACAAAUGCAUCACAAAAACAUUGGAAAGCCUUGGGAGAUGUCCAAAAUGCAAUUUUAACCUAGGCCAGCAGGAUAUUUUCCCAAAUUUCUUGCUAAAUGAGCUUGUCUCGAAAUACAAAACAAGAAUAAAAGGUAUAGGUGAAUUUGGUUGUGUUCAUGCCGAUGGUAGAAGAAGGGAAAGUGGUUCAGACUUGUUAGUUCCUCCUUGCGAUGGCUUACGAGAUUUUGUAGCAGCUGAGAGUGCUAAUCUAACACUUCCUGAUGUUAAUGUUAUGCUAGAAGUACUGACACAGAGAAAACUACUGCUGGAGGCAGAGUCCUGUGCAGCUCAGAACAAACUCCUUCACGAAUUUCUCAAGCAUCUGCUCCAGCAGAAGGAGGAACAGCGUAAUCAAUUGCAGAAGGAAGUUGCACUGAUAAAACGAGAUAUGGAAGAAGUUGAGUCUAUUCUCAAAGACGUCCAGAGCAAGUGUCCUCGUAUUGAGGAUUUAAAACGUACAAGGGAAAAUGAGACCGCACAAAUGUCGGCUAUUCGUAAAGAAAUGAUAGAUCUGAUAGAUAUCAUUGACUCUAAUAUGGUUAAGCACGACGAUAAUAUACCAAAACCUGAGCACUCAACAGUAUCAACAUUAGCUGUGAGACGCAAACGAAUGCACGCACAUUUUGAGGACUUUGUCCAAUGCUAUUUUGACGCAAGAGCUAAAGAUCUACUACUUGGUCUACCAAAAAAUCCAGUCAACAUUGAUACAGUCCAUGGCAUGUCAUCAGGCUUGGAUGUCUUCAGGGAUAAUUUAGUCAAAUUCUCACGUUACAACUCCCUCCGACCUCUGGCAACACUUAAUUAUUCAUCUGAUAUUUUCAACAACUCAACGAUCGUUUCCAGCAUCGAGUUCGACAAGGACAACGAAUUUUUUGCUAUUGCAGGUGUUACGAAGCGCAUCAAGGUAUUUGAUUAUGGUGCAGUGAUAAGGGACACAGUAGAUAUUCAUUAUCCAUGCAUUGAAAUGGUGUCGAGCUCAAAGAUAUCGUGUGUAUCAUGGAAUUCUUAUCAUAAGGGCAUGCUGGCCUCGUCCGAUUAUGAAGGAACAGUAACCGUUUGGGAUGCAGCCACGGGGCAGAGGACAAAGGCCUUUCAGGAGCAUGAGAAGAGAUGUUGGUCAGUUGAUUUUAAUGACGUUGACACGAGGUUGAUAGCCUCGGGCUCGGACGACGCUAGAGUUAAACUUUGGUCACUCAAUAUUGAUCAUUCAGUAGCCUCUUUAGAAGCCAAAGCCAAUGUUUGUUGUGUCAAAUUUAACCCCAGGAGCUCUUGUCAUUUGGCUUUUGGCUCAGCUGAUCACUGUGUACAUUACUAUGAUUUGAGAAAUAUGAAGGAGGCAUUGUGCAUCUUCAAGGGCCAUCGCAAAGCUGUUUCAUAUGUUAAAUUUAUAAAUAAGGAAGAAAUUGUCUCAGCAAGUACUGAUUCACAGCUGAAAGUAUGGAAUAUCAAUAAUCCACAUUGCUUGAGAUCAUUUGUGGGGCAUGUUAAUGAGAAAAAUUUUGUUGGACUCGCUACCGAUGGCGAUUAUGUUGCCUGUGGUUCCGAGAAUAAUGCACUGUAUGUCUAUUACAAAGGACUUACCAAGCAACUCUUCUCGUACAAGUUUGAUGCAGUCAGGACUGUUUUGGAGCUGCAUGAGAGAAGGGAGGAAGAUCCUAAUGAAUUUGUGUCGGCAGUCUGCUGGAGACAAAUGUCCAAUGUUGUAGUGGCUGCUAAUUCACAGGGAAUUAUCAAGAUUUUAGAGCUCGUUUGAAAUCCAGCCGAGUUGACAUAAUUUUAGAUGGAACAUUAACAAUUUAGUUAUUAAGUGGUGAAAGCCUUUGUUCGUGGCUGUUACUAGCAAAUUCAUCAUUGAAUUUUCGUCAAAUUCCAGAGAAACAACGAUGAGUUUAAUGUAAUGAGACAACGAUAGGUGUCAACGCAUUCCAAAUACUUCAGAAAUUGGAAUUGUUUUUUUUUCUGCGCUUAUCAUGACAUUCGUUUGAGAUUAGAUGAGUAACGUCCACAAGGUUAUGAUAAUGAAAAGGACUUAUACGCAGAUAUUGUAAUGAAUGUAAAAUAGUAGGCUUAGUUAAUCAUAAGAUGAUAAUUUAAUUAUCUAGAAUUAAUUCGUUAUUGAGGUAAGUCAAAUUUGUGCCAAUAUUUGGAGAAAUUAUUGAUUUAAGUUCUUCACAUUUAUAUUGACAGUAUUUCUUAUUAUUCUUAAUCCUCUCCUUCCAUUAGAUCAUUUUUUUCCGUUUUGCUCCCUUUUUCUUUUUCUCUUUCCCUCCUGUUAUUGUAAAGCACGACAUUUUUUUUUAAUUUCGUGGACUCCGAGGGUGGGGGCCUAGUGUUGUGACAGUUAUGAAUAAAAUAUAUAUAUAUAUAUAUAUUUACUGAACACUUGAGUGAGAAUUCGUAGUGAAACUGUAAUAUCAAGCUAAAGAGAAGGGAAAAAAAUGUGGGAUUAAAGUCAGGUGAAGGUAAUUGCAAUCGAAGAAAGAGUAUAUUUUUAGAUUGUAUUUUGAAAAAUAAUGAUUAUCCGAGAAAUUCGCCAUGGCAACCAAUGUCCGAUGAAUAGAUCUAAUGUAAUUAAUAAAAAUCAUUCAUGAAUUGGUGUCUAACAA